AUGACUCAUUUCCCCCAGAGUCUUCUCGACAUUUACGACCAAGUGCACAAAAUAAAGCCGUGGACGCGAUACCUCCGGGCCGGGUCCAUAUUGCCCGACUGCGACGGUCUCAACGCACUGCACGUGACGCGUUUCAACAAUGCUGUCCGUAAGUUUUGGCGUCUGUACGGACAAAAACUGUGGGAGCGGACGUAUUCGCCGUAUUCAACGAACCAGUUGGACUCCUUGAUCCGCCAGGUCAUGUACUUGUACACCGAGCUGCAGUUGUUGAUGGACAAUACGGACUACAGCAGCAGCCUCGUCCACUUCCUGUGCUUCCCUCAUCCCGCCUGGCGAUCCUUAAGUUGA